UGCAUUGUUGCUACUUUGGUGAAAGAUGAAACUGAAUGUAGCACUGGAAGACGAGUGGAAUGGGGUACUGUGUCAGUUUGGAUACACAAAACGUGGAACUUCUGUGUGUAUGGCAAGUGCAUCAAUCAAAAAUGUCACUGUUAUUAUGGGUAUACGGGGAAGAUGUGUGAAAGAGUAAUUGGUAAUUGUUGGAUGAUGUACUGUUUCGUCAGAGGCUGUAGCUCUGGCUCCAGCAAGUUUUACAUACAAUGUUACUGUGAUCCGACCUUGUAUGGGACGAAAAUGUUGACUAAUUAUUAUUGGUACAGAGAUGGUUUACACUGGAAGUUUAUCCCACCCCCACGUGGAUGGAAAGACAUUAUUCAUCCAAGAUUCCACUACAACAAAUUAUCAUCCGAUCAGACGAAAAACAAAAUGAAAAGAAUCCAUGAAUAUAUUUAUGAAAAAGAACUACCUAAGAGUGAUAAAGGAAACAUCACAGUAAAUAUUAAUGUUUAUAUUGGACAAAACAGCGAUAUUACUGAAACAAACAAAGAAGAUGAAGCAAAUGGCAAUUCUGCCAAGGACGAAGAAAGAGACAAAGAAAAUGCUCAAGGAGUAAAUAAAGUACAGAAACCAGAUGAUGAGCUUGGGAAGGAAUAUGCAGGUGAUGUAAUAGAGGGACAAAAGCCAGAUGAUGACUUUAGAAAAGAACAUGAAGAUGAUGUAAUAGAGGGACAAAAGCCAGAUGAUGAGUUUAGAAAAGAACAUGAAGGUGAUAUAAAAAAGAAACAAAAGCCAAGUAAUGGAUUUGGGGGAAAAUAUUCAUUUGAUGUAAUAGAGGAACAAAAGCCAGAUAAUGACUUUGGUAAAGACUAUGCAGAUGAUGUAGCAGAGGGACAAAAGCCAGAUGAUGACUUUGGUAAAGAUUAUUCAGAGGAUGUAACAGAGGAACAAAAGCCAAGUAACGGAUUUGGUAAAGAAAAGCCAGAUGAUGGCUUUAGAAUAGAAUAUAAAGGUGAUAUAAAAAAGAAACAAAAGCCAGAUGAUGACUUUGGUAAAGACUAUGCAGAUGAUGUAACAGGGGAACAAAAGCCAGAUGAUUACUUCGGUAAAGGCUAUGCAGAUGAUGUAAUAGAGGGACAAAAGCCAAAUGAUGACUUUGGUAAAGACUAUGCAGAUGAUGUAAUAGGGGGACAAAAGCCAGAUGAUGACUUUAGAAAAGAAUAUGAAGGUGAUAUAAAAAAGAAACAAAAGCCAAGUUAUGGAUUUGGGGAAAAAUAUUCACUUGAUGUAAUAGAGAAGGAACAAAAGCCAAUUAAUGGAUUUGGUAAAGAAUAUGAUGAUGAUAUAAAAAAGAAACAAAAGCCAAGUAAUGGAUUUGGUAAAGAAAAGCCAGAUUAUGACUUUAGAAAAGAAUAUGAAGGUGAUAUAAAAAAGAAACAAAAGCCAGAUUAUGACUUUAGAAAAAAAUAUGAAGGUGAUAUAAAAAAGAAACAAAAGCCAGAUGAUGACUUUGGUAAAGACUAUGCAGAUGAUGUAACAGAGGAACAAAAGCCAGAUGAUGUUUAUGGAGAAAACAAACUUAAGAAGAAGUCAGAUAAUGUUUUUCAGAAAGGCAGUCGAGAUAAUGUUAAGGGACAUAAAUUUAGUGAUAACUCUGAGGGGGACAGUCGAAAUGAUAUCAUCGAGAAAAAUAAUUCAAGUGAUGACCAGAAAAGUUCGAUUGAUGUUUUUAAGGAACGGAAGCCAGGUGAUCAGUUUGAGGAAGACACCUCUGAUGGUGCUAUUGAAGAACAUAAGUCAAGUGAUUACUUUGAGAAACAUAAUUCAGAAGGUGUUAUUGAGGAACAUAAUUCAGACGGUGUUAUUGAGGAACAUAAUUCAGACGGUGUUAUUGAGGAACAUAAUUCAAAUGAUGACUUUGAGGAAGACACUCCUGAUGAUGUUAUUGAUGAACAUAAUUCAAAUGAUGGCUUUGAGGAAGACACUCCUGAUGAUGUUAUUGAGGAACAUAAUUCAAAUGAUAAUUUUGAGGAAGACACUCCUGAUGAUGUUAUUGAGGAACAUAAUUCAAAUGAUGGCUUUGAGGAAGACAUUCCUGAUGGUGUCGUUGAGGAAGAGAAGUCAAGCAAUGAUUUUAAGAAACAUAAACCAGAUGGUGUCAUUAAGAGACAUAAGUCAGUAAAUAAUUUCGAGGAAGAAAAUCCAAAUGAUGGAAUUAGGGAACGGAAAGUGGAUGAUGACGAAAACAGGUCAGAUAAUGUCAUUCAGGAACAGAAGUUAAGUGAUAACUUUAAAGAUGAUAAUAAAGUCGAUGUCUUGAAAGAAGAAAAGCCAAGUAGUGCAUCUAGAAAAGAAAAACUUAAUUAUGAUUUAAAAGUAAAGACCUCGGGUAGCAUUCUUAGAAAAUUAUAAAAACAAAUCUAAAAUAAAUGACGUAAAAAUAAAUUUGAUAAAAUUUUGUCCGAUGAAGUUGUUGAUGUAACAGAAAUCAUUCAAUAUUAUUAACUUUCAGAAAAUUUGUCAAAUCAGUUAUAUUUGUUAUAAGACAACAGUAUUAAGCGUGAUUGUAUUUUUAACACUAUUUUUAGUAGACCCCAUUAAGUUUUCCCGAGAAGAGGAGUGUAUAAUAGUAUUUGAACAAACCACGUCUGCCAUAUCCAUGUCAUCGACUAUGGAUAUGAUGGACAUAGUGUGGUCGGAAUACUAAUACUAUUAUGAACGUCUUUUCUCGGAAAACCGUAAGUGGCUGAAUACAGAAUGUAGUGUUAAAAAUACAAUAAGCCCAAAACUAUUGUCUUUUGAUAAAUAUGACCGAUUAUAAUCACCCUUCGAUA